UUCAAGUAAAUCCAGUUUUCUUUAGUGUGUGUUCUUCGAUAGUUUUUUCCUCAGAUGGACAUCCUUAUUCCUGAAGAGCUGAAGGAGCACCUGACAAUAUUGCUGCCAUCUCAUCUCAUGGUUUUCAGUUUAGUACCAUCUUGUCGGAUGUAUGUAAAAUACAUUUUGGACAUGUUUUGCCUCUUCGGCUUUCAGUACUACAGAAUCACUUAUGAUCUUGAGAUGUGCCAACGCCACUUCAGUUGUUUUUGUUUUUUUUUUGUUGACAAGAGAUUUUAAUGGUUAACUUCACUGUGAAUUAUCACGUAGCGUUUUGAAACCGCACGUUAGCUUAAAAUACAUACAUUACACUGGUGAGAGUUGGUUGUUCUACAAGUAUCAAGAAUUUCUACACAAUAUGUCCGUCUACACGACAGAGCGCGAGUGAACGCGUCAUGCAUGCGUCAUCUAUAAAAUGACGUUAACAUGUUGUCAUCAAGUCAUUGGGAGAAACCACAGUAAACACGUCAAAAUGUGAAGUGACGUUAAUAUGUUGUCAUCAAGUGACAGGGAGACAUAUCAAGGACAACAGCUCCAAGCAAUCGGCCACAAGACAUUCAGCACCAUGAUGAUUUCCUGCCUGUGAAUCAUCCGGCAAAACAUUGAUGCGGAUAUGUUUCUCGUAAGACCGUUGACGGGGCGAGCAAGUAUACGCCCGCAGUAUUCAUCGAGAAUUCUUUGGCAGAAUUCAGCAUCGAAGGUUUUUAAAUUCACUGUAACUGGCCCUACAAAAGCCAAUGCUCCCACGAAGAUUGUUCAAUCUUCACAUCGCAGAACCCUGGCAACUAAAGACACUAGAGAAGAAGUCAUGCCGAAGUAUAAGGGUGGGGACUUCAAAGUGACUCCUGACCCAAGUCACAUCGAUCAUUUUAAAACUAAGAAGGAACGUAAAGAGGAAAGUGAGCGAAGCAGUCCUUGUCGGACUUCCAUGAAUGAAAGCCCGCCUGCAGCGUGCAAAACGUUUGACCGGGAACCUGCAUGUGAUAAUAGUGAAGCUGAGUGUGUGACGGUGACACACAGGCAGCCUCAUGGGAUGCUAGACAAGGUUGCCCUGUCAGCAGCUCGAGGACUGAACCAAGCGAUAGUAUACAUCGCUAACUAUAACAAACACAUCAAAACUAACGAACAAAUAUGGCUGAGUCGCAUUACUAUCUAUGAAGCGCUGAACGCCGUGCCUCCAUCAGUUGCGGCCUCAGUACAUCACGUGACCUCCAUCUUGCUUAUGCGCUUUGAUUAUGGAGCAAUACAUGGACUCAUUGAGGAAGCAAAGGACGAGCAGAUGCACCUGUUCGCGGCUCUACAGGCAAAGAAAGCUAGUAUCUUCCUCCGCUUGUCCGUUCUUCUCAUGCAAGGCGUUUUUAUACCCAUCUACACCGUUUUCUACGUGAUCUGCCCGAAGAUGUGUCAUCGGUUUACGGCCUACCUUGAUGAGGAGUCUGUGGCAGCUUACACCGAGUGUCUCCGGGAAAUAAAAGAUGGUCAGCUGGCAGAAUGGAGAUGUGCUCCAGCACCACCCUGUGCUAAGAAGUACUGGAAGCUAUCGCCUUCAGCAACCAUGCGUGACUUCAUAUUGGUGAUCCGUGCUGACGAAGCCCGCCAUCGCAAGGUCAACCACUCUCUGGCUUCAAUGAGAAAAAAACGUGACCGUUCCCCUUCACGUGACGGCUGCGAGGAGCAGGACAAUUAGUCCAGGCCAGUGUUCUAAAACAUGGACAGUUUCAUGCAUUUUAUUGAGAUUUGCUCAUUCGGCGUGUGGCACCGGACACGUCUUUGUUGUUUUACCAUGUAGUAGUAAGUACUUUUCUCGAUAUGUUCAUUGUCUUAUUCAAAGAUUGAAUCAAAAUAUAUGAAAAUAAAUAUUUGUGAAAACGA